GAAAGGGUGUCCCAUCUUUCCCACCCUACUAUAUCAAAUGUGUUUUUAAAAAUGCAAUAAACACAUUGCAAAGACUCGUCGCAAAUAAAGCUGUUUCUGGAAACCGCUUGUCUGUUGUUAAUUCGUCCAACCAGUAGACGUAUAGCGACCACGAGUGUAAAACAAUUCUCCCACGUUUUGGCUCAAAAUUUCUAGGUAAUAUUGCUUUGUUUUGCACAAAUACACGAUAUAGCUCACAGACAGCCAAGCAUCAACGUUGUGGAUUCAGCUGCAAAAGAAUAAGCAAUGUCGGACAUCAAGAAAAAGAAAAACUUUGGACUCCGCUUUUGGCAGUUGAAAAGUUUCAUCCCACGCAUUGUGCUGUACUUCCUGUUUACAUCGCUGACGUCAUCAGGGAUCGAAUCGUGGCCUGAUUGGGUGGUUUUGGUUGUCAAGAUCCUACCGAUCGCAUACCUUAUAAAGUUCGUGUGGUUACAACAUGGAUCUCUUGGAGCUUUAUGGAGAUGUCCCUUCUCUAGAUACGUCACUAUGGGUUUGGUUUUCUCCCUACUGGGGGAUUCCCUGCUGGUGUAUCAGAAUUAUGACGAAACAUUGUUCAUAGCAGGUAUAAUCUGCUUUGCUCUCGGCCACACUUUCUAUAUUUGUGCUUUUGGAUGGGAGACUCUACAGCUCCCUCUGCUGGUCAAGUUUAUGUGUCUCUCUGGUUCCCUCUAUUGGUAUGUUACAUACCUUAUGUUUACUGUCGAGUUAUAA